AGAGACACAGAACGCAGUUGUAACAUCGUGCACAACAGUUUACCUGUACGUCCGUUGCUCUAAUUUUAGACCGUGCGUGAUCCGGUCCGGCACCAGGGAAGUGCACAACAAAUUGGAGAAAAAUCGGAGAGCGCAUUUGAAAGAAUGCUUCGAGCUGCUGAAGAGGCAGCUGCCGUCCCAAGAGGAGAAAAAAUCGUCGAAUCUUUCGAUCCUCCACGCCGCAAUUAGGCAUAUACAGACGCUAAGAAAGAAGGAACGGGAAUACGAGCACGAGAUGGAGAGGCUCGCCAGGGAGAAGAUCGCUGCUCAACAAAGAUUAUUAGCUCUGAAAAAAGAACUCGCUGCUACCUGGGAUCACAUUGAUUUUAAUACUCUUUUACCGGAACAGAAUUCGGUGGCCGACGUGACAGCCACGAGAAGCGUUUCAGAGACCAUGGAAGUCGAUGUGACCGGACUGGCUCGGGGCGGCACCAGGUACAGCAGUACCAGCAGUCUGAGCAGUGCGGCUACGGCUAGUUCGCCCCAAACCCUUCAGAACACCAGCACGACUUCGAACAUCCACAAUCAGGUCGCCACCGCGGCUGUUGUCUGUCAGACGCAGGGUAUGAACCUCGCGUCUAACUCUAGGGAGAGUCCACCCGCGAGUUCGAGUCCCGGAACGCCCGCACCUAGCAUUCCCACACCGGCUCAGGAGAAAGUCACCAGUUCGCCAACGGGCAUAGUGCAACAACAGCCGCACCAGCUGCACUUGCCGAUCAGCGCUCAAAUACUGAAUACAACCCAGGGUCUCCCUACGAUCGUCCCGACGCUCCAGCACAUCGGCCCGAGCCUGAGGGUGAUACCCGGCGACACUAGGCAGCUUCUGGUCACUCACACCGGCGGUAACAGUGAGUCGAGGCCGCUUACGUUGGCCGUACAGAACUCGACGGAUCAAUCGAGGCCGCUGAUCGCCGUGCAAUCGAACACUGGAAGCGAGCCAAGGCCCGUGGCGUUGGUCGUUCACUCGUCCACGGCCAACGACAACCGAGUUACGUUCGUGCAUUCGAACCUGUCGAACAACGACAGGCCGUUGGCUUUAGCCGUACAGUCGACCGCCAACGACGUCAGGCCGGUUACGUUCGUCCACUCGACGAACGAGGGUAGGCCGUUGGUCCUCGCCGCGCAUUCCCCUGCGCUCAACGUAUCCAAUGCUCAAACGAGGAUAAGGACAGGGGACGCGCAGAGUACGCAUAAAAUGGUCGGUGGCGUGACGCUGGUAGGCGGAAACGGAUCGGAGCUGACCAGACUUCCCGGUGGCGCUGAAUUGAACAUACUCCCGGCUAAUGGAUUGACGUUGGGCCACGCAGGAGUGUCGCUUCAAACUACAACAGGUAAACCGGGCUCGACGGUGAUGCAAAACGCUCCGUCCACAGAUGGCAUAGCCCACAUCGUCGGCUCGCACACGCCCCUCUCGGGGCUGACGCCGAUCGUCACCCCGAUGACCGUCGUCUCUCAGGGGAACCAAGUGACCGCUCACAUCCUGGCGCCGUCGAACCUCGCGGGGAAGAUGAUCACCACUCCUAUACUGAAGUCCGUGGCGCAGAUGCCGAUCGUCAACGCUCAGUAUAUAAACACGACCACGUUGGUGAAGCCCGUGGUGGUUGUCAGUUCGCCGUCGACGUCGACGCCGCAGUCGACAACCGCCUCCAGCACGCAGCCCUCCUCGACGACUCACUCGACCGUCUGACAGAAUCGAAAGAAAGCAAAGCUGGCUUGAGAAACGGCUACCAUCGGGUGUAUCGAAGCACGGGGCCACGGAGAUCGCCUUAGGUCGGUGUCCGAUCGACGCGUGUUCGCGUUCAGUUGUUCCCUGGGUACGGCGUCUGUACACGUGCGACUCGUCGCGUACCUUGGGAGGUACGACGUCACGGAAAACACUGAAACCGGUCCGUCGUGCUAUUUCCCGACAUCGAAGAAGAAUUUCCUAUUUAAAAAAAGGAGAAGCAAAAACACUUGGUUUGCGUUCCUUCGUGUUUUUUAACGCUCUUCCAAAGAACGAGCCGACUGAGAUCCGCGAGGGAGGAACAAGUCCGUUCCUCGGAUUCACGCGAUUCUGUCAUGGUACCUCAGAUGCCUCGGAGAAGGAAGUACUUAGAGAGACGGGAAGGCAGCUUAUGACGGAGGGAACAAGAUUUUCUCCCUGAGUCGUCCAGAAGCAGCGGAAACGACGCCUGGUUUCUCGACGUAAGAGCAGUUUCAUUGCUAAAAUUUUCCGUGUCCAAAGUUUCUCGGACGAUCAACUUUUCAAUCGUUCGAUCGAGAAACAAGAAAGUGGAACAACGCCUGCGUGAUUGUUCGUAAUUUACGUUGAAUCGAAUGUUAAGACGUUUUUUUUUUGGAAGAAUCGAUGGAAAUUUGUAUAUGUUGUUGAAUAUAGUAUUACGUAAUGAAUUCCAGUGACAGAGGAAACGGUUCGAUAACAACAGAAAUAAUUUUUAAAUCGCUUGGCCGUAAAAGAUAAGUGAAAGGGUUUAUACGUACUGUUUCUUUUUCCUUCUGGUACCUCGUCGCAAUCGAAGAAGUCCAGCGAAGAAGGAACUGAAACGCGCCUUUGUUCGUCGGGGCAGCGACGUUUAACUUAAAUCAAUUGUACGAUAUAUAUAAAGAUCGGUUGAGAUGUCUGAAAUUUAAUUGGGCAAAACUUGAAAUCGGGUGAAUGACGGAGAACGUGCUUGCGCUUUUAAAUUUAAUCGACUAUACAUAUAUAUAUUUAUAUUAUGUAUACAGGGUGGGGGCAAUAACUGUGUCCACCGUGAAUAUCUCCGUUAAUUUUUGCAUAUCUCUAAAAAUAACGGAGAUAUUCAGGGUGGACAUAAUUAGUGCCCCACCCUGUAUACAUAUAUCUAUAUAUAUAUAUAUACUAAAUAGUGGCUGUGGAGAAACGACUCAUCGUUUACAUUUGUAAUUUACUUUCGGAAUUUAAGGUGAAUGAAAACUUCCAUCCUGACCAAGUUUUUCUUUCUCUCUCUUCUCUUUUUUUUUUUAAUUAAUGUAUAAAAUGUGCUCAAGUAUUUAUUCGUUUCUAUUUAUUGUACAAUAUGAGAAAUGUGUGCAAACACCUGAGCAUGGUAAACGUUUUUUUUCCGUCUUGAUUUAUUAAUUUCGAUAGAAUUUAUCUGGUUUAAGAGGAUUAUUUUUUGCGAGGAAACGGAAAGAAUGAGAAUAAAAAUGAUUGCAUGAAAUGCAUACGUUUCUUUUUUUUUUUUAAUGAUUUAAUAGUUCGGUUUAUGAAAUGCCUCUGGUCUCUGAUAGCCGGGGGCGUCGUAUUUUUUUUGCAUAAUAUUUUGCAGAUCGGGAGAGAGAAACGCUUCCGGUUUGCGGCAGGGAAGCUACACGAUCAGGAUUAUUAUAUAGAUAUAAUCGUUUACCGUACUACUUUUUAUAUUAGCUGCGUUUUAAAUUAAUUUGCGUUUCACCUUGCAAUACCAAGUUCUUUCUCGAACCAUUAAUUCGUCAUACUCAACGCGAGGCCGUUAACAGGCGGUGUGUUCAGAGGUGGAACUGAACAGAAAUUUCUACCAUUUCGAUUUAUCGUUGUUAAUAGAAUCGCGAAAGUACAAACAGAAAGCUCUCUCUUGUUCGCAAAUAUUUUAGAUUUAAUUUCUCUGGCAUUAAAAUAUUUUUCAAAAUUUCUGGCUAGUCAACAAUUGCAUAUUUUUAA